GUGGGAACUUAGAAUUGUUUGGCGUCAACACUGAUUCCAACCAUGGGUUUGUCUGCAUCUACUCCUGCUGUUGCAGUUCAGACCUCAAAUGCUUCAGAUCAUCAGACAGCAUCUCCACCUUCAGGAUGCCCAAUGCAUGAGGGGAAAAUGAAAGGCUGUCCAGUGAGUAUGGAACCACCUGACUCAACCUGUGAGAGCAAAACAUACUCUGUGCCUGCCCACCAAGAACGAGCGUACGAGUAUGUGGAGUGUCCUGUGACGGGUGCCGUGGCUAAGAAUCAGGAGAACCUCGACCCUUCAAAUCUGGUGCCACCACCUAAUCAAACACCAGCCCCAGAUCAGCCGUUCACACUGUCUACUGUCCGAGAGGAAUCAUCCAUUCCAAGAGCAGAUUCAGAGAAAAAGUGGGUUUAUCCUUCUGAACAGAUGUUCUGGAAUGCAAUGUUAAGGAAAGGGUGGAAGUGGAAAGAUGAGGAUAUUAGUCAGAAAGAUAUGUAUAACAUCAUCAGAAUUCAUAAUCAGAAUAAUGAGCAGGCUUGGAAGGAGAUUUUGAAGUGGGAAGCCCUUCAUGCUGCGGAGUGUCCUUGUGGCCCAUCAUUGGUCCGGUUUGGAGGGAAAGCGAAGGAAUAUUCCCCAAGGGCGAGAAUUCGUUCCUGGAUGGGGUAUGAGUUACCUUUUGACAGGCAUGAUUGGAUCAUCAACCGUUGCGGGACAGAAGUUAGAUAUGUGAUCGAUUACUAUGAUGGCGGCGAAGUCAACAAGGACUACCAGUUCACCAUCCUGGACGUCCGUCCUGCCUUGGAUUCGCUUUCAGCAGUGUGGGACAGAAUGAAGGUUGCUUGGUGGCGCUGGACUUCAUAACCACUGUUUUGUUUGAGAUGGGAAAAAUAUAAACUACUUUUUUCUGACAGAUUCAUUGAACUAUUUUCCCCGAACUGAAUUGCACUUGUGGUGGAACAGGAACUUCAAGUGAUUUCACUUUACCCUUCGCUUAGCAAGGGACACCAUGCCCCGUUCGCUUCUGACGCAUUUUACUUUGCAGUUUAUAGAGAUCACUUUAGGUCUUCCUCCCACUUAGCUUAAGUAGGAGGCAGUCCCUCGGUUUUUUCUUUAGCUGCAAUAUUGCCUGUGUAUUUCAUCUAGAAAAAUCUGAACAAUCUCUGAUAAAGCUUUUAAAAAGUGAUGAAAGCUGCUUUUUUUCUUACUGUUUUCUGAGGAAUACUUGAGAUGUAAAACCCGAAAGUCAAUAGAGAUGCUCAGGAGCUUUUACCUGGUCAAAUAUUUUAACUAAAACUGUUCAUUAUAAAUAAGAAUUAGUUGUGCUUUUUAAAAAGUUACCAAUAAUUCCAGGGUCCCUACAAUACAGUAGUGCUCUUGAGCAAAUGCAGAGGUAUACACUGGAAAUGCACUCAGCAAAACUAAGGCGUGUCUUGGCUCUCCAAAUUCUUAUUUAUAUGAAUUUUUCAGUCAGGACCUUGUUAUAGAAUAGUUCAAACUACACCAUGAUUUGAUGAUGUGCAUACUUUAGAACGUAACUUUUGUAAUAUUUUUCUUUUAAUUCCUGUUGUUCUAAUAUGUAACUGCUCCCAGCAAACAGGUCUCCUCGUUGUCCCUGGUGUUUGACAAGUUAUCCCAACUUUAAGUUCCCUUCCUGCCCCUGUUGGGAGCCUUCCCGCCAGUCGGCCUAAUCGAAACCUUGAAAGCCUGGCACAAGUCACAAUUCUAGAGGUUGUCCCUCUUUAAAACAUGAUUAUAUUUGGCUGAGUGUUAAAAUGCACAAGAAGAGUAUUUUUCUCAGAUGCAGAAUAUUUGCAUCAACUCACUGUCUCAGUUUAGAUUUUUUGUUUUAAGGAAGCUCUAAGUUUGCCGUUGAAAUACUUUGUACCAGUCCUCCAUAAACUGCUUGUUUUGAUUAUAGCAACGUGUUACAAAUGACUGUUGUUUCUUUUUAAAAGUGUUGAUAAUAUUAAAUCAUUUAAUUUAUCCUGAACACUGUAGUGUUAAAUUAGUAAAUGGAAUGGGCAGUCUCUGCAUGGUUAA